AUGAGUUCCAAAUAUGAAAAUGAAAGUUUUUUAUCAACAGGAUCUAAGAGAUAUUACGAAAGAGAAGAUUCUGUUUUAUUACAAAAUGACGAAGAUGAAUAUAUUAAUAACGGAAGAGUGAAUAAAUACAAUUAUGAGAAAAAAUUGAAAUAUCAUGAAAAACUUUUUAAUAAAAAGAGAAAUAAAAAGUGGAAUUAUUUUAUAAUAUUUUUUUUAGGAAUAUGUUUUGGUUUUGCAAUAUGGCCUUUUUUUAUGACUAUUAUAACUUAUAAGUUAUUUUAUACAGAUCACUAUAACAAUUCAAAUUAUAGAACAAACAACUCAUCUACAUCACUAAAAGAUUAUGGAAAUGAGAAAAAUAAAAAAAAUGAUACAAAAGUAGCUAUGAAAGAUCAAUCAAAAAAAAAUGUAUCUCCUCAUUUUAAACCUAUAAGAUUUGAUGAAAUAGCAGGGAUAGAUGAAUCUAAGUUAGAAUUGUUAGAGGUAGUUGAUUUCAUUAAAAAUAGAGAAAAAUAUCAUCAAAUGGGAGCAAGAAUGCCUAAAGGAGUUUUGUUAGUUGGUCCACCAGGUUCAGGAAAAACUAUGUUAGCUAGAGCAGUAGCAACAGAAGCUAAUGUUCCAUAUAUUUAUACUUCAGGACCCGAAUUUAUAGAGAUAUAUGUAGGACAAGGUGCUAAAAGAAUUAGACAAUUAUUUGCACAUGCAAGGUCAGUUGCACCUUCUAUUGUUUUUAUUGAUGAAAUUGAUGCUAUUGGAGGAAAAAGAAGCUCUGGUUCUAUAAAUGGUGGUGGUCAAAGGGAACACGAUCAAACUUUAAACCAACUAUUAGUGGAAAUGGACGGAUUUAGUAAUAGUGUACAUAUCAUGGUAAUAGGUGCAACUAAUAGAAUAGAUACUCUUGAUAGUGCUUUACUUAGACCUGGUAGAUUUGAUAGAAUAGUUUAUGUUCCUUUACCAGAUAUAAAUGGUAGAAAAAGAAUUCUCGAAAUAUAUAUUAAAAAAAUAAAAAGUGAUUUAAAAGAAGAAGAUAUUAUAAAAAUAGCUAGAUUAACUCCUGGAUUUUCAGGGGCUGAUUUAGAAAAUGUAGUAAAUGAAGCUACCAUAUUAGCAACAAGAAAUAAAAAGAGUUUAGUUACAAUUAAUGAAUUAUUUGAAGCUAGAGAUAAAGUUUCUAUGGGUCCAGAAAGAAAAUCAUUAAGACAAUCUGAACAUCAAAGAAGAAUUACCGCUUAUCAUGAAGCUGGUCAUGCUAUUGUUGCAUAUUUCCUCCAUCCCAAAACAGAUCCUAUUCAUAAAGCAACUAUUAUUUCAAGAGGAAAUGCUCUUGGAUAUGUAGAACAAAUACCAGUUGAUGACAGACAUAAUUAUUUUAAAAGUCAAAUGGAAGCAAAACUAGCAGUUUGCAUGGGAGGAAGAACUGCAGAAGAAAUUGUUUUUGGAAAAUCAGAAACAAGCAGUGGUGCUUCUAGUGAUAUUUCUAGAGCUACUGAAAUUGCCUACAAAAUGGUUACAGAAUGGGGAAUGUCUGAUAAAUUAGGACCUUUAAAUUAUAAAAAAAGAAUGGGUGAUGGAUACUCUUCCAAUAGAUUAUCAGCUCAAACUAUUUCUACCAUAGAAACAGAAGUAAAAAAUUUAGUAGAAAAAGGUAAAAGUUUAUCGGAAGAAAUAUUAAGAAAACAUAGAAAGGAAUUAGAUAAUUUAGCCUUUGCAUUACUGGAUAAAGAAACCUUAUCAGGAGAGGAAAUAAAAAAUAUUAUUGAUCCUAAUAAUUCAAAAAAUUAUUCAAAUGAUAUUCACUAUUUUAGUAAUAAUACUCAAAACGAUCAAACAAAUAAUAAUAAUAAUAAUAGUAAUAAUAAUAAUAAUAAUAACAACAACAACAAUAAUAAUAAUAACAACAACAACAAUAAUAAUAAUAAUAGUAAUAAUAAUAACAACAACAACAAUAAUAAUAAUAAUAAUAAUAAUAAUAAUAAUAAUAAUAAUAAUAAUAAUAAUAAUAAUAAUAAUAAUAAUAAUAAUAAUAAUGAUACAAACAUGAAUAAUCAUAUUAAACAAAGUACACAAACUAAAGAAAAUAAUCAAACACAUACUAAUGGAUACAAUAAUACAUAUGGAAAUGAGAUAAAUGAAAAUAAAGAAAUAACAAAUAAUAAUGAUCAUAUAAAUGAUAUCAGCGAUAAUUUUGAUGAAGUAAGUAAAAAGGAAGACAUAAAAGGUUAUCAUAAAAUAUUAAAUGAAGGAAAACAUUCAAAAGUAAUGAAUGGAAGCCCUUCUAACAAUGAAAAUGAUAUGGAAUUGGAGAAUAAUCAGAAACAUUAUUCAAAUGAAAAUUUGAUAAACACUCAUGAUGAGACAAUGAAUAAAAGUACAAACAGAAACGAAUUAGUGAAUAUAGGUAGAAACAAAAAAAAAAACGAAAAAUACAGUAUUAGUAAUGAUAAAAAUAAAGUAGAUAAUAUAAGAGAACAUGUAAGAAAUAACAUUAAAAAUUUAAAAAAAAAUUACUCUAAAAAUCCUAAUAAAAAAAGAAAUAAAUUAUUAAAGAUAAUUAAUGAGCACAAGCCAUCUAUAAAGGAAAAUGAAAUAAAUAAUGAAAAAGUAGAAAUUAAUAAAAAAGAAUUGGAAAAAUUUGAUCAAAAUAAUUCCAAAAAUUAUAUUUCUAAAAAUAAUAAUAAUAUUGUAAAAAAUAUAAAUGAACUUCAUGAAUCUAUACUUUCUGAAAAGGAUAACAAUGAUGAUUUUGUAAAAACAAAAGAACUAACUUUUGAUAAAUUUCAUGAAUUAAUAGACACAUCCCAUAUUAAAAAUAUUGACGAAAUGAAAAAGUUUAACAUUUUUGAACAUAAUUUAAAUAAAUUAUUUUUAUUUGAUAUUUUUAAUAAUUAA